AUGCCGAUUUCUAUGGAGCUUCCUGUUUUCUCCACUCUCCGUGUACCAUUGUUCUCUCGUUUACCUCUUGUUCCUUCUUUUCGCAUUCCGUUUUCGUCCCUUGUUGCUACAACGCGAUUGAAAUGUAACGCUCGAAAGGCGCGUCGGAUUAGUGUGAUGUGUUUGGUGAGAGAUUCGAUUCCGAUGGAGACGACGAGUGAGAGAGAUGAACAAGGAGGUGGAGAUUGGUCUGAGUACAUUGAGGUCGUUGUUAUUGGUAGUCGCAAAGAGUCUAUUAUGGAUUCUUGCUUGGAUUCUCCUUUUCCUUCUCUUCCUCUCCGAUUUUGGAGUAUUAGUAGGGACAGCUCUGGAGAUUUAGUGUUACAGCAGAGGCUUAAUCACGAAGAUCAUGUUUCAGCGACCAUGGAUCCAGCUGAGCUGAUACAAUCACGUCCGAGGGCCUUCAUCCUUGUGGCUAGUGGUGGAUAUGGUUCUGACCAUGUUGAAGCUAUUAAUAUUCUUAGUACAGUAAGAUCUGGGGGUAACUUAGCUGUUGCUGUGCUAUUAAAGCCUUUCAGCUUUGAAGGGCGUAGGCGUCUAGAAGAGGUUAACGAAUUGGCUAGAAAAUUGCAGCAACACACUAGUUUCUGUAUAGAUAUCGACAUAGAGAUUUUACUACAGAAGGAUUUGGUAACUUUGGACGAGGCGCUGAGAAAUGCAAACAAUGCUGUUUCGAUGGCAAUAAAUGCAGCCUCCGCUCUGAUAAGUGGGAUGCAUGGAAGCUUCAUCGACGUGAUGCAUAAAGAUCUUAAAGAACUUGAAGGUUCAGAAGUUACGACUAUUCUAGAAAGCUACAAAGAGGCAAAGGUUGGUUUUGGAGCUGGUCACAACCUUAAGACUUCUAUUUUACGAGCUAUAUACGACUGCCCUUUCUUUCGCCCUGGUAUAAAGGAUCUAAGUGCUAUUAUAUGCAUUGUGGCUAGUUCGGUAGCUCUUCAAAAGAAGGACGUGAAAACAAUUCUUCAUACUUUUCGUCAAACAAUGGAGUACACUGGAGAUAUCAUAGUAACUACUGUUUAUGAACCUGAUCUGGAGCCUAAAGUCCUCGUCACAACUUUUUUUAUUCUAAGUUGUUCAGAAGAGGAAACAUCCAACAAAGGCAGCAUUUUUUCUGGUCUUUUUCCUUUUGUUUUAAAUAUCUUCAAGAAAUACCGUUCACAACUCCAAAAUGAAACAAAUAGUGGACUUGGAGAUGCACCAGCUGCAAUGGAAGAUACAACAGACUCUACUGACGUAAAAGGUUCCAAUCAGAGUGUUGAAGGAUUUGAAAUUGACUCUAAGGAACCCCUGGGAGCUUCCGAGAACGGUGAUAGUGAAUACCCAUUAAAAGAGGGGGAACCCUAUAGAAACAGUCAACUGGAUCUUGGAGAUGAAAAUAUUGAAGAUUAUGGCGCUAUUCAGAGGGAGCCAAUUGCUAAUUGGAGUGUGGAUCCAGGAUAUCAGAUUGAACAAAAAUGGCCAGCUGAUUCUGGAGACACCGCAGUGCUUAGCUUGGGUAUUGUCAACCUUCCUGUUGGUGUGAGACCUUCAAAGAGUUUGAACGGUAGUCUCAGUGUCACCAGUCAACCCUCCAGAAAGGCUGAUUCCAGAGAUGAAUCAUUUUUCAACGCUAUUAGCUCGACAAGAGACUCUGUUGAUACUGCAUCUACCCUUCUAUCUGAGAAAUAUGCCGAUUUUACUAAGCAAAGAAAUCUAUCCGCUCGAGCAGCAUCUAUGCUGGAAGCUGAACGAGAUUCAUCAAAAAGAUGGAGUCCUAUUCUAGAGAUGCAGUACAGAGGAGGACUGUUCAAGGGAAGAUGCCAAGGAGGCCUUCCCGAAGGAAAGGGUCGAUUGGUACUUGGGGAUGGAAGCAUAUAUGACGGGAUGUGGCACAACGGUAAAAGAUCUGGUCUAGGAACAUUCUAUUUCAAGAAUGGGGAUGUGUUCCAAGGCACAUGGAGAGAAGAUUUAAUACACGGAAAGGGAUGGUUUUAUUUCCACAAAGGUGAUCGAUGGUUUGCAAAUUUCUGGAAAGGAAAAGCCAGUGGCGAAGGACGGUUCUAUUCAAAAUCCGGCGAUAUAUUCUUUGGACAUUUCAAAGAUGGAUGGCGACACGGGGAGUUCCUCUGUAUAGAUGUUGAUGGAACAAGAUACUCUGAAACUUGGGACGACGGUGUUCUUAUCGACCGGAAACAAGUAGACGCCGGAGAUUGA